CGCGCCAGUCAGCCGCCGUUCCCCGCCGCGCGCGCGCGUCUCGGUGAAAGGACAAGUACACCUGCCCGUGCACAGCCGCACAACCAACCGUUAUCGCCCUAAAUGACCAACUAAUGGACGAACGAAGAGGUAGUCCAUGCAUGAUUGUGCUAACAGUGUGAACUAGCUGGUGGAGUGCAGUGUAGUGUUGAUGUCCAAAUGGAGGAGGUCCGGAUUUCGGAUUGGCCCGAGCCCCCGGGCUCCCAUGCAUGGCUCCCUGCUUAUGGUUUCCAGCAUGACUUAAUGGAUAAGGAUGACUAUUUUGGCACCAACGGUGACAAUGGCAGCACUCACGCUUUAUACCUCGAAACCAUAGUCGAGGAAACGAGUGAUGAUUUGCGCUCUGAACGUUCCUCUGCCGCAACAUGGCUCUCAGAUUCAGAUGCAGAUUCUGUUAUUCAUGUGCGAGGGACUCAAGCAGGGUCGGAGUGCGACAGCGAGUCGGAGCGCGAGUGGGCGUGCCCGGCGAAGCGCAGGCGGCGCGAGCGCGCCACCUCGCCCGCCAGCUCGGGCUCGCUAUCGCGUUCCUCCAGCCUCGCGCAGUUCGAAUCCCUGGAGAGAUCUUGCGCAGCGCCCGCCUCACCAAGCCUCUCGCCCGACUCCCUGGAGUCACCUCCGCCUUCCCCACCGCCAACACGUGUUCCAGCACCUCGCACCCAUCUGUCUGCCGAGAACCUCAGCGAAGACAGCGGCUACAGCGAGCGGUCGCGGCGGCCGCCCCCGCCUGCAGUGUGCCGCCCGCCCGAAAUAGCGCACCGCGCGGCCGCCGGCAGCGCGCCCUGCCUCGUCGCGUCGCCCAGUGCUGAGCGCCGCCCGCCCCGCGCCGCGCGCGCUCUCUCGCUCCCCGCCGAGCUCGACGUGUGCGCCGAGCCGCGACGUCACGCCGCGCAUCGCGCGCGCUUCCGACAAACCUUCGAAGUAUCCGAUAGUCUGACCGUCAGCGUGGCAGACCUCACCGCCCUCGACUACAGGGGCGGCCCGCGUCGCCCGCGACUGCCGCCCCCACCGCCACCCCCUCGGAUGAACAGAAAUGUACCACCUCCACCACCUCCAGUCGAAAAGGUUGUCCGCCAGCCUGCCGAGUCGCCGGCGCGGGAACCCAGCGCCAGCAGCGACUCCACCACCGAGUCGGAACGAGCUUUCGCGAGAGAAAUGGAGGCGACGGCGCGCCGGCUGGACGAGACAGCGCGGCGAGCGCUCGCUGAAAGCGAAAACUACGACCGCGAGCUGUCGGUGAUGACAGCGAGACGACUGCACGACUCGUGGGGCGCCUGGGAUGACGUGUUAGACGAACUCCGACGGCGCAUAGACGGGCCGUCUCCCUCCCCCUCCCCACCACGGACGCCAUCCCCAGACCCUAUCAGAGAACCAGCGUUCACUUCAACCCCACUAAGGUCAUCGUGUGAUGCUAGAGUAAGAUCAACCCCUGAGCUGCGCUCGCGAGCAACCCCACAUAGAGAAACGCCAGAAGAACUCCGUGCGUCCUUACAAUUAGUAGCGCCACCCCCACCAGACGCGGCGCCACCCGUGCGCUCUGUGUCUGCCGGCUCCAAGGGAGUGACGUUCUCGCCCGUAGUGGCAGAAGUCAGCUGGCGCGAAACAAGUACAAGCACCACUGAGAGCGAAACGACCGCGAGCGACGACGCGGACGACGCCGAGGUGGUAGUGGUGGAGGGGGAAGGCGAGGAGUCGCGCGCGCCGGCCGCAGAGCGCGCUGCCGCCAUGACGGAAGCGGGCGCGCGCGCGCCGCGCAGCCGCAUCGCCGGCUUCCUCUCGCGAUUCGCGAACUUCAGAUUCUCGGGGCGCAAAGAGAAAAAGACACGGGGCGCAGGCGCGAACAUACGACCCUCUACGAACGGUCCGGCGACAGCGGCAGAUGCGGGGCAGGGACCGCGCGGGCCGGCCGCCGGGCCGCAGUAUGUGCGCAUCCCGCUGAAGGAGGAGGGUGUGUCGCGGGCGGCGGCACCCCCGGUGGCGGGCGGCGUGGCGCACAAGCCGCCUCGGCCGCGCCCGCCGCCCGCGCCGCCGGCCGGCGUGCUGGAGACCGACGUGGACACGCAGCGCACCGUGCUGCACGCGCGCUCGCUGCUCGCGCUCGCGCCUCCCGACCAGCGCACUCCUCGCCCUCACAAGUCCAUGGAGUUCCUGCUCGACAAGGACAACGUGCAAACUGUACAGCCUCCAGAGAACGAACUGCAGAAGAAUUCAGACCGCGUGCUUUCUGAGCACGAAUUGCGAGUCCAGAGAUCGUUGCAGAAGCUCAAUGUGCCGGAAUGGUACAAAAACGCACCAGCGCCCCGAGAGGGCUUCCUUCUCCGCAAACGUCUGUCUGACGCGUCCGCUUCGGCGGCGCGCUGGAGCGGACUCAACUCGAAGACUACAUCGCUGGGCAGCCUCGGAGGGACCCAGCAACCACCCCCACCCCAGCUGUCACCGCACACCACCAGCUUCGGCAGAUGGUCUACUAGCCGGCUUAAUUCUAACCAAACAUCCCCGUGCUCGUCAACACGAAGCAGCAUCAGGGGCACUAGUCCUCUGUGCUCGCCCUCAGCGCGUUCUUCAUUCAGCGCGCGACAGCCCUACCUCGGCUGGAGAAGUCAGGAGCGGCUCAACAGCACACCGCGAACACCACAUGAGAGGCUAGCAUCUUCGUUACUCCAGUCCACACCGAAAUCAGAGGCGUCUGAGGCGUCGAAAGCAUCAGAAGAGAUCCAGACUUCGAUCAAGGAAGUGACAUCAGCGAUAGUACACUACGUGUCAGGGUUGGAACCGGCCAAUGGUGACAUCGACAGGCAACCGUCUCCAAGGUCCAGUCAGAAGUUAUAUUGGCUCGAGAGCUCCUUUGUUGGUACGAAACCGCUGGAAUCGCCGCAGACGCCGCUGGUGGUGUCGGAGACCGUAACGCAGCCGCGGCCGCCGUCGUCCCUGCGCCUCGACCACCGCGCCGCGCCGGACUGGCAAGAUUCCCAACGUUCCCUGAACUUAGGUAUCACACGGCCGUCUCCUGGCUCCACUACUCUUGAAGACGUGUUGGACUCACUCUUGGGGUUGCCGUCACAGCCGGCGAGGAUACCAACGCCUCAGCCCAGCCCUAGGAAGGCUUCAAGUCCCUAUUAUUUGAUGGGUGGCAAGAGUCCUCGGUACGAACAACUGGCCAGUAGCGGGCAUAGCAGCGCCUCCCCCGCCUCGCGGUUCCUGGGCACCCCCAGCGAAGGGCACAGCUCUAUCACGGACAGCCCCGAACACGACCGACCAGGCAAGGAUACAGUUGAUAAUCUUGGCACCAUGCAAGAGACGAGACGGCCGCGUUCGGUGCAAGGUGAGCACUCUCGAAGGAGAAGUGAGCCCUUUGCCCAAACCAGUGUGUCUCUCGACCGGCGUACCAGCCUCGAUGCCGCAGCCUUACGCCCUACCGAUGCUCACUUAACUCACCAUGAUUCCAGAGCUUCCCUGGCUUCUUUGCAGACUGAAAAUAGUACUGACGAAGCUUUCGUCAAGUGUAAAUAUCCAAAAUGUCCAUCUCGCGCCCCAUACCCCGAUGCCAAACGACAUUACAAGACUUGCCAUAAUUGCACCACGAUGUAUUGCUCAAAGGAAUGCCGCAGGGCACAUUGGGAAAAACAUAGAAAAGUUUGUUUACAUACUCGUGCGAGCACUCUGUGCAGACAAAUUAUAUCAGCAGCCAAGGAAGACGCCGACGCUUUGCAUCAAAUUAGCACCAUAGCUCACAAAGGCUACCUAGCCCUCGGAAGAGGUGUUGUUAAAGUAUUCUUUACAAGUCCAGAAGCAGCGGAAAAGUUCACCACGCACGGCUUCCAGUAUCUAAGUGAACCAGAAUUUAUGAAGUGGACGUCUCUUCAGCCGAAUGAAAUGGGUGUAGAAUUAUACACUGAAGUAGUCAAACUUUGUAAAGCUUACAAUCCUGAGACGAGAGUAAUUUUAUAUGUGGCUGUGUGUAUUAUCAGUGAAGUGCCGACAAAAGGUGCCGUCAAAUGGGAAAGGCAGAUGGUUUCGAGAUGUGCCAAAUUACGUCUCAGUAAAACGGUUACCGCCGCCAUACAAGAACAAAAUAGAAGGCGACAUAGAAGAGACAGCAAGUCCACGCCAGAAGAUAGAGAAACCCUCAUACUGACUUCUAAAUUAAGUAACGCGGGGGAGAAAAAUGCAGCAACAGCGCACAAGUUUAGACAAAUAUGUUUCCAAAACAUAUCGAAAGAGCUCGAAAGUAGAGGAGUGAAUUUGAAAAAGCAUUUUCCUGAGGUCUACUCGAGAUUAGGGGCGUACGUGGACGGUACGAGUGAUAGGUUUAUACCGAUGACCAUUUAUCCGAAAGAUGUGACAAGCGGGAAGUCAUUCAUGUGUGUGAUCAUGCCGGACAGUGAAGUAGAGAGCGUAACACCUGUAGAUGGUAAAGUAACAACAGUAGACGUAGGCGUAGACCGGUCACGACACCAGCUGUCUACUCCCAUGUGAGAGUGUCGUAUAAAACGUAGGUCGUUACAAUAUGCCGCUAUUAAAGGCAGGUAACAUACCUGGUAUCUACCGACAAUGGUAGCAAUGAAAAAGACAUUAUGGUUAUUGGUGAUGAUGUAUUUCCCAGUACCAGUUCUUCUUAAAUAUUAUUUAAAUUUUAAUCUCCGAAUAUGAAUCUCGUGUGUGAAAUGAAAGUAAUGUUAAUGUGCCCUUAAAAUUGUAUUAUGAUUAUUAUUUUAGAUAAAUAUAUGAUGCUACGUGCUAAUUUAUAAAUAACGCGUCUUAAAACUGCGCAUGGUUUUUCAAUAUAAAUAAAUACCUAAGUAAGUACUUGAAUUAAUUGUGGCAAGAUGUUGAAAUAUGUCUUACAAGUCAGAAGCAAAAAAAGCUAUUUAAGACGCGUGUAAAAUAAAGUUUUACUAACUUUGUACAAAAUAUUAAGAGAUUUAAAAGAGUAAUGUAUCUGCUGGCUUGUAGAAAAUGGUAUCAGAAAAUUUUGUAGGAGUAGGUAACUAUGGAUUUUUUGAACAAAGUUAGUUGAAACUAUAUCCCCAAAUAUAACAAAUAUGGCAUGUCCCGAGCAGUGCUUAUAUUAAUUAUACAUAUUAUAUUAUUCCAUAUUUACCUCUUGUUACUUUCCCGUUACUAAAUGUGCACUUAUGUUAGAUAAAUAUUAAUUUAAGAAAAAUAUAAGACGUUGUGACGUGUGUUAUAAAAGUACAUUUUUAUUCUAAGGAUUUAGAGAUUGUUUCUACAAUUUUGACAAUAGUUUAAAUUAUAAAAUUAUAUUUAUUGCAAAGCCUUUAUUGGCACAGAGGGGUGUAUUUAAGAUUUUUUUAAAAAGAGAUGGAGUAUGCUUUUUAUUAUUCAGAAAAAAAGUGUUUUUUAUACAAAACGUAAGCUUAUAAUGCAUGCGAGCGACUAGUGAGAAUUAAUAACAAAUAAAAUAAAACAAUUCUAGUAUUUUGUCUUUAGAUAGAUGAUUCAAUUAAGAUUUUUUUAAUGGAAAAUUUACACGUUUAGGUAUUUUUAGCAAAAUAUUUUUGUUGUGUACGAGUCUAAUUGUUUUGAAUAACAAAAUGGCUCACACUUUUAAAGUGAUGUGACGUAUUUAUUGGAAGAGAUUAUACAACAGUUCAUCUAUCUCUUUCUUACAUACCUAGUAUCUUCAAUAGAACAAAAGUACCAAGUGUGUAUUGUCUACGUCACAUCACAAGUAGAGUUUUACUCAUCGACUGGAACGAGAGCGGACAGUGUGGAUAUGCAAGUGUCAAAUAUUGCUAACCCUUUACAUUCCAUUAAACCAUUCAAAGGCACAAAUAUAAAUAAUAUUGUAAUUUAAAAAGAAAUAUGGUGCCAAUAUAAAACGAGAAAACAUGCUUGAACAGUAAAAAUAUAACUUUUAAGUGUUAAACAUCUCAAUAUAUGUACUUCCAAAUAUAAAAAGAAGCUAAAGAAGUGAGUAUUUCUGAUAAAGUAUGGAGGACCUGAGAGAAAUUCCGUUGUUUUUGGUAAAGGAAAAUACACCUAAUCACAUAACGCAAUACGUUUCAAUAUUGCAAAGAAUGUAAAUCAUGUUUUUACAUAAAAUCAUGAAUAAAUAAAAAUGUAUCUUAUUCGUAAUGAAAAACGACUGAAUUUCCCUCAGAUGCGGCGCUGGUAACAAAUAAACUUCCAAAACGGGCAUUCUCUGUGGUGACUAAGCUGUAAUAAUGUGUAAUUAUUUAAUAUUGUUGUUAUGUGAUAAAAAAAGACAAGAUGUGUUUAAUGUUUAUCGAUUCUGUCUCAUUUUGCGAUCAAAUAGAUUUUCUCCUGAAAAAAACGCAAACUUUAAACUACGGCUGAAAAAAUCGUUAAGUUACUGGACAAAUGGACAUAACAUCAAUCCUAAUUUACUAACUACCAGUUUCAAUAACUGAUCUCAAUGAACUAAAAUCGAUCUUAAUCUAAAGAAUUUGGAUUGAGAUCGGCAGUAAGACUGUCAUCGGUCUCAGUAAACUUCGAGAUUAAGUUUGAUCGCAAAACGAGGCAACCCUUAGUAAUAAAAACCUAUAAAUGUUGUGUUGUCUGCAUCUAAACCCAAACUGUCGAUAUAUAAAUGCCUCAUCCAUCAUCCCUUUUAUAUUUAAGUAGUUCUUGUACGCGUUUCUCGCAGUUGAUGAAAAUCAGUAGGUGUAUCAACCUUUCCAAUAAUCAGUAUAUACCUAGGGUACCUUUCCGUGGUUCCUUCAAAAUUCGGGCAACAUAAAUAUGUAUUUUUUAUAUCAUCAAUACCUAAGACUACUUAUGUGUUGAAAAAAACAUAUUUUAUUACUAUACUAAAUCUAAAAAAAGGCCCACGAUGAUGCGAUUAAAAAAUUAAUGUCUUGACCUACCUAUGUAUGUAAACUAACGCUCAUUAACGUUUUUCUAUAAUUCUAUAUUUAAAUUAUAAUUUAGACAAUUUUAAAACUUAUCUACUAUACUACCUACUUGUAAACGCCUAUAAAGAUUUUCAUACAUUAUUAUAUUCAUAAUGUUGCCAUAUCAAUUGUUUUUCAUAGUCUGGAAUCCAGAUGUUUUAUCUAGUUGUCCCUUAUGUAUUUCAAAUAAACGGCCCAGCUAUUAAAA